UUAUUGGGGUUGGUCAACACAAUACAUUUAAAAAUGCUUUCUGGCCAAAGUUUGAGGUAUGAAAACAACGACUUCUUGUUCCCUAGAAAAUACGUAGCUUCAAACUCCACUCCACAAUGUGCGGUUACUCCCCGAGUGGUGUGCCCAGUUCUAUCCUCUUUGGUGCCUUCCUCGUUCGGAUUAUUCUACGUGAGCAGCACCAUCGUCCGUGCUGUGGGUACUACGUAUGCCAUAUCCUGAUUCGACCUUUUAAGCGACUCUGACCUUAAAUAAAAUUAGUAAUGCCUCACAACUGGUUUAUUUUACUCUUCACACUCCAGUGUUAUUUGACAUACUCUUCCAGUCCAAGCAGUCCCUGAAAACAAGCUCUUGAAGUCGAGAUACCAGUCAGUGCAACGUUUCACUAUCCGCCUCCCAAUGUGUCGGGUCAACGAAGUAUCCCCUGAACUCUGCACCGGCUUCUACGCGUGGUGGUGCAUGGCAUGGGGCCUCUUUGUCGGCGCUGGAUACACUCUGCUCCUAAUUUCCGAACAGCUGAAAGUUAUACCCAAGGUGCCAAUGUAUUAUAGAAUUUUGUUUAUUGCCUUUGCGGUUUUGGGGUUUUCCUAUCUUUUAGCUGGUGCUUUGAUGUACAUCGGCAUGCAAUACGACCAACCGAUAGUAUUCAAGGUUGGAAAGAUAUUGAGCUCUGCCUUCGCAAUGGCUUCCCUUCCUCUUCUAUUUUUUACAAUUGUACAUUACAGCACCGUGCGUUGCCUGUGUCAGUACAUGAAAAGGCGCUGGAACAAGGGCUAGGGGCGACGGCAAUUAAAGAGAACAACCCAUCUGUUACGACUAUUUUAUAACUUAAUUUAUAUUUAAAAUAAACCGC